AUGGCCUGCAGUUUGUCCGAGAUCAGCUGUUCUUCUCUGGCCUCAGCUCUGAAGUCCAACCCCUCACACCUGAGAGAGCUGGACCUGAGUAAGAACUACCUGCAGGACUCAGGAGUGGAGCAGCUGUGUGGUUUUCUGGAGAGUCCAGACUGCAGACUGGAGACUCUGAGGUCAGAAAGAGUUCUUAGUCUGGUUGUGAUGUUAGAGUUAGACCCACCUCGUUCCUCGGGGAGUAUAUUUUGGUUAAGUGUGUUGAUAGCAGCUCUGAGAUAAUCUCUGACCUCGAUUCUACUGUCUGGGUUUGGACUGAUGUCAUCUUGACCGGAGUAUUGUCAGUGCUGUGAAGAGGUUAAAACCAGACUGGAAGACCAUCACCGUUUCUGACGGGGCUGACAGUUUUCUGAAGUAACCUCCUUCAUCUCUUUAUUCAGAUUAAAUCUCUGCCGUCUGUCUGAGAUCAGCUGUUCCUCUCUGUCCUCGGCCCUGAAGUCCAACCCCUCCCACCUGAGAACGCUGGAGCUGGGAAAAAACCAGCUGGAGGACUCAGGAGUUCAGCUGUUGUGUGGUUUUCUGGAGAGUCCAGACUGCAGACUGGAGACUCUGAGGUCAGAAACCUUUUCCACGUCUGUGUUCAUAUCUCUGGAGUUAAACUUUAACUUGUACCAACUCAGUAUUGAGUCUUUUAACCCUUUACAUCUUUAAAAGUAGAAAUCAUCCAUCCUCUUGACGUUGAGCUCUUAGAAGAAUUUAACUUUUAAACAGAGACUUUGUCGUUUUAAUAAACUUCAUCCACUCUUUAUUCAGGUUGUCCGACUGCAGUUUGUCCGAGACGAGCUGUUCGUCUCUGGUCUCUGCUCUGGAGUCCAACCCCUCCCACCUGAGGGAGCUGGACCUGAGUGAAAACUGUCUGCAGGGUCCAGGAGUGAUGUCUGAUCUUGUGAAACGUCCAGACUACAGACUGGAGACUCUGAGGUCAGUGCGGUGUUGGAGGCGGUUCAUGUUGUCAUAUUAACUCUCAGUGUAGUCAUCAUAGAGAGGACCUGUUUGUUUACAUCUUCAUAUUAUUAGAUUGUGAAGGUCUCCUCUGCUCGUAGCUGCUGUUACUCAAACUUCUGCUGUUACAGGUUCUGCUUUUGGUAAAUUCAUGAUAAGGCCCGCCUCCUCAGGUGUUUCUCCUCAUGUAAUACUUUUUAACAGGAAAGACUCCAUCUGUACAGUGAGCAGUAAACUUCUCCAUCUCUUCACUAACGAUGCGUCUCAGCACUGAUUCCUGACUUCUGUGUUUUGUUGUUUUCUCCUCAGGUGGAUGUGAUCAUAUCUGUCAAGAGACAGUUAAGUGUGUUGGUGGUGGGUCAGCUGGUGUGUGAAGGUGGUGGAGGGAGAUUGGAGCAGAGAGCCUGAUGCUAUAGUGACCGACGGAGGAAUUACAGGAAGUGGAGUCGACGGCCUGAACUGAUUGUACAUAAUAAAGCUUUUCAUGAAUUCACAAAGUUUAUAAUACACACUCAAUAAUACAUACUCAGCCAUCAAAGUGUCUCAAGACAUUUUUAUAGAUCAAGGGUCGGCAACCCGCGGCUCUUUCUUCCCUAAGCUGCGGCUCCCAAUGGAUUUGGAAAAUAAAUAAUAAAUACUUAAUUGCAUUUUAUUUUAUUUUAUUAUUAUUAUUAUUUUGUAAUUCUAAAUUCAAAGAUUAUAAUGCUCUUGUAACAUUAAAUAAACUAUUAAGGCUGCAACAACGAAUCGAUUAAGUAGAUUCGUAGUGACGAAAAAAUCUGUUGCCAACAAAUUCUGUAAUCGAUUCGUCGGGUCUUUAUAUAUGUCCAUGGACACCGGCGUGUAAACAUCAGCAGGACGCACAGAAAAGAAACAGCCAUGGCCGAGGCAGCGGCUGAGAAAAACAUGGACACAACCCAACCCAAAUCCCGACCUAAAACAUCAGUGGUGUGGGAAAACUUCACCAAGACUGAAAAGGAAGGCGUUCAGUGCAACAUUUGCAAAGACCGUUUUGCAUGGCUCGGGAGUACAUCGAUGAUGCGUGAGCACAGGGCUCUCAAGUCUCACGCAUUCAGCGUAUGACACACGCAUUCCCACUCGUUCACACGCUCACACACCACACAUUGUAUUUCUCACGCAUUUAAAUGAACAUGGUGAUGUCCACCAAGUUGCACUUCAACUAUUGAACUGGGGGAAAUCAACUGAGUUCCUCCGAGAGUUCAGAAGCUGCGUGCCACGCACAAGCCAAUCAAAUAAAGUAUAUCUACUGAACAGCCAAUCAAAAAGCAGCAUUGCUGUAUCCGGGUAGAUUUUGAUAUCUUGCGGUUUAACUACAGAAGAAGACAGACACUCGCCGAAAUAGUUCAUUUAUUUCAUAAAUGCAACUCGCUACAGUUUUUUAUAUACUUUGUAUAAAGGUAAAAAAAAAAAAAGAUAUAUGCAAUGUUAUCUUCAUUUUAGAUGUCAAAGAGGUUUUGCGGCUCCCUGUGUUUUCUUUUCUGUGGGAAACUGGUCCAAGUGGCUCUUUGAGUGUUUAAUUUUGCCGACCCCUGAUAUAGAUCAAGACAUCUAAAGACAUUUAUCAAGACGUCUCAAGACAUUUUUAUAUCAAGACAUCUGAAGACAUCUUCAGACAAAAGUUAAAGAUCAGCAUCAUAGUCCAAAUAUGUAUGCAGGUUCUGUUCUGUUUUUAUUAAACUCUGCACUUUAAGUACAAACAUUUCAGAUCACAUGUUACACAGAUACAUUUAUGAUUAAAGAUAUGGAGAAUUUAAUCUGUUACUCUCAUUUGGGUCUGUACCCUUAGAGUUUUGUAUCUCUGAGUUGUUUUCUGUCGUAUUUCAGAAAUUUAACCUCAUGUUGCAUGCUUAGAAACAAGGAAAUUAUUUUUUCCUCAUUAGUUCAUCUAAACCAUCUCUCUACUGUCUAAUCGAAAAGCAUAAACCGCAUUAAACUGUCUCUCACCUUCUGUGCACUGCGAUCACCUUCUGAGAAAUCUUUGUAGAUUUCCUGUGUAAUGGAUUUUAUAUCACACUGUUUGUUUGUUUUUUUGGAGAUUUCUCAAUAUUGUUUUCUUCAUCAAAUAAAUCUGAUAUACGUCUGAAACUGGGUCCUGAGCUUUGUCAGUAGUGUAAACUAGUUUGUGGACUGUCUGGAAAUGUGACGUUUGAUCCUGUUAGUUUUGUAAAAGUUAAAGCAUUGUUUGUGCUUGGUUGUGAAACAUAAACCUAGACAUGAUUUAAAGUCACUGUAGUGGCACCCACUCCCUUUUGCUGUACUUACUCUGUUUUGAUACUCACUGUUUACUUCCUGAAGAUGGAAAGAGGAGGAGCAACCCGACCAUGUGAUCCAGGCUCAAGAGAAGAAGAAGGAGGAAACACUGAAGGGGAAGUAUGAGUCCACCGCUCCAGACUUCAUUUUCAGAGAGGAGCGGAAGAGGGGGAGUUGAAGUCCAACACUCUGAGUAUCUUCUAACCCUUUGACCUGUGGAGAGAGAAAUGACAGAAUGAAGUCAAAAUUCAAACACAGUCAUGAUUUACAGAGUAAGAACAUUAAACCUGAACCUGGUAAAACAUGUAGGUGUUUACAUAAGAGAGAGGAAAUGGAGUUGCAGCUCUUUUUAUUAAAGUCUGUGUUUAUGGAUGUGAGCUUCUGUUUAAAUGUUUAUGUUCAGACAUUAGAGCCGAUGGCAGACCAGUUAUUUCAGUGUUAUCCAGCUGUUCUGUGCUGGUUCACUGUAAAGUGGGGCAGUCAGGAUCUGAGGAAGUUCCAGUUUUUGGGAGAAAUCUUGAAUGUAAACCUCUGUUACAGACACUUUGCUGAUCUUGUUAAAGUGGUUUACCUUCUAGAAGCGUUCACUGAUGUUGACCCGGCUUUUUAGCUCUUGUCCGACUGACCUACUUUUUAAGCGCCCGUUAUUCCUCCAGAGUCUGCGGUAUUUACUUCGUUUUCUUGCUUGUGUCGGCAGUCGUGGCCAAAGGAGGAUUCAGACAAUUUUCCGAAUUUUCUGGUUGGUUUCUACUGUCCGAUAUUGUAGCACGCUAACUUUGUUUGGGCCAUAGACUGUAUUUACUAUUCUGCCUACUGUUCUGCCAGUAUACGGAUUUGAAGCCGAAAAGCUCUCGGUAAUUCCGCGCCUUUUUCUCCACUUCCUGAAACUAACAUUCCGCAUUAGCGAUGUACGCGUUCGGCGGGACAGUCGCUGUGAUGACGCUCGAGGCGGAGUCAGCGUCGUCUACACGGCGGCCAUUUUAUUUUAGUAUUCCAUUCUGGUUCGCUUUACGGUAGCUGAGGGGAAGUGAGUAAUCUGCAUGAUCAAAAAUACUCUGAACUCGCUGAAAUGACAGAUUUACAAAUGGUUUAGUUUAUUACAGACCUUAAUAACGUGGCUAUGAGUCGGGAUGCUUGGACAUAUUAACAUGGCAGAUUCACUUUGAGAAAAAACUUACUUUGAGAACUAGAUAGCUCAGUUCUAUCAGUUCUAGGAUAUUGUUUUUCACUAUUUUGGUACCACAAGCUGAAAUUAAUAAAGUGAUGCUGUUCAAAGCUAACCUAUCUUUUGUACCACAGUGUAGAAGGAGAGGCCACACAUAUCCUGCCAGAUACAUCAUCCUGCUGUCUUCUCUGUCUUAAAGAAACACCAAUGCUAGCGUCCAUGUCUGAUUUAUUUAUUGAUGUCAAGGCAAAAGGGGAGGAAUCACCCGGUGCUGCCCCGAGUCUCUUAAUGCUAGACAGAGAGCAAAAAACAACCUGCAGCAAAUGAAGCAGUACUCAACUAAGAUGCUCACUGACACCCUCGUGUGGCUGUAAACAGGUUUGGAAUUUCAGUAUCAUUCAUAUUAAUUUUUAUUCCUACAGUGCCAAGUAAAGUUACUUUUACUGAAGAGCAGGUUAGCAGAAGAGUAUUUAUUUAUUUAUUUUGUUUACAGAAACCCACUGUACAAGAUUCGGUGACAGGGGCAAGAAAAUGUAGAAACACCUAACCUACCCAGACUUAUUGUGGUGAUCAGCAGCCAGGAAACAAAGAAGUCAAUAAGAGACGGACAGACUUACAGAGGUAAAGGUAAUAUAACAGACAUAACAGUGACUGCCAUGCGGUGUAUUUGUGUAUAGAGGUACACUGUGUAGACAUUUGAGUAUGUAGAAAUAUCUACUGAACCAAGUCCUUGUUCACCUCUUUAAUUGGAUCACAGUCCCAAAGGUGGCAUUUCAAGACAAGAAGAGUAACCGGUAUGUUUGUAUCUGGUUAUUCAGAGUUACGCCACUGUGCGUGUCCACAUCACUGCCAAACAUGCAACCGUUAACUGUUUGAAUGUCAAAUCAAAAUGAGAAGGGAGGAGCAGCUUGACCAGGUAAUCCAAGCUCAUGGGAACAGGAAAGAGAUACUAUCCAGUCUAACAGUCCAGACUUCAUUCUGGAGCAGUGCAGGAGGGAAACUGGAGAUCGAGGCAAAGUGAGUGUUAACCCGACAUUAGGAUUUCUCUUUUUCUUUGUAGACUGUGAAAAAAAAGAAAUGUUUGAUCCAUAUGAGUGCACAGAGUCAUGAUAUGGAGAAUAGAUCGACAUAAAUCCAAGAUUUAACAGAAAAAAACAUGUAUACUGUGUGUGUGUCUGUGUGUGUGUGGAUGUGGAUGUCUUCUUGCACUUAUACAUGUAUCAAAAUAUUGAACAGAUGAGCGCUUGUCCUGGGGAAGAGGAUGACCGAGCAGAGUCUGCAGUAUCUAGCCGUGAUCAGUGUAAACGGUCCAAAGGUCAACCUGAAGAUUUCCGUGAUGAGCCUGAACCCUCAGACACACUGUAAGAAAACUUGAUGAUACCAACACAAAAAUACAAUUCAUUUUAGUUUGUUAGAUGUUCUAUAGUGACCAUAUUUACAGGUAGAUUGUGAGGCACAGUCAGGCGGUUCUAGCUAUCACAUUUUCAUCAGUAGAAGCAGUUUGAUUAUUUAGACAAGAUAUUUUAUCAAGAUUUUAUGACACUGGUUACAAACAUCCUGUGUUUGGAGUCUGCGGUAUCCAGCUGUCUGUCGCUGAACCUAAAGGUUUCAGCAAUGAGCCUGAAUCCUGAGACACCAGGACACUUAAUCUGGACCUGACAGAUCAGGAUGGGUUAAAAAUGACUAAACACUUUCCACGGAUUCAUCUCUGUGAUAAAAAAAACAUGUGAUGGAUGUAGUCUGGGUUUCAAAUAGAAAGAACUGUGCCGGGGUUUUGUCCUGCAGAAAAGACACUCAAAGUUUCCUGUUUCAGAAUUUACUUCAGGACGUCUCAUGGUUUUAACCGUCAGUUUGGAUUUAAUGUUGGACUUUGAUCAUGGCAGUUGGUUUAUUUACCACCUUUUUAUGGCUUCUUGAUUUAAUCUUUUACUUUUGUGAUGCACUAGAUGAGCUGUUUGAAUGUCUGUGCAGCACUGUCCCCUUGGUAAAUUUAUCUUUAGACACAAAGUGUUUGUCUUAUUUCCCUCCAGGACAAUAAAGUUCUUACCUUUGGAUACUGAUAUAAAACUGAAGAAGACUUCAGCACAAAGUUCCUCUUAUUUCUUAGCUCCUUUCAUCAACAUCAAAUGCAAAGAUAUUAAAAGGAUGCAAAAGGACAAAAUAAAGACAGGGGAUGUGUCACAUUGGCUAAAUUGAAAAACAGAAAAAGGACCCAAUUGCAGAACAAAAAGUGAUUUCAUGAAAAAAUAACUAAAACAACAAAAACUUUCUUCCUAAAAUGUCUAACAAAAUAUCUAAAAUCCAACAAAGACAUGGGGGGAAAAAAACACAUAAAAACACUGGCGAUACCGGCAUACACACACAGACAUUCACAUACAACACAUUCACAAUGAACCAACAAAGAAACAGAGGAAGAAAAGGACUGUAUGUACACACAGGGAAAUAAGCAAUGAGAGGCAGGUGAGACACUGAGACACAGGUGCAGACAGUUACAGACGAGGGAAAACUGAGGAAGUAAAACGGGACUAGAAACACAGGAAAUAAACAAUUUCAAAAUAAAACAGAAAACACUGAUAUGAGGAAUAAAACACUGAGAACAUGAGGGAACCGGAGUUGGACACAAACUGAAAACUCAUAAGUAGGGUUGGGUAUCGUUUGAUUUUGAACGAUUCCGAUUCCAAUUUCGAUUCCUCAUUUCGAUUCCGAUUCCUAUCGAUUCUCUAAUUCGAUUCUUUUAGGCAGGAUAUCAAAAAGAAAAAAAAAGCAUGGUUUGAAUGAGGGUGCUAACCGGGGCUCUUCUUUUUGGAUGAAAUUUCUGAACUUCUCCAUGAAUUUUUAAAUCCUAUUAACUUUUUAAGAACUUUACUAUGAAUUUCUCACAGAGCUAUUUUCAACCAGUAUAUAAAUAUCAAUUUUUGUUUUCAGGUCGUUUGUCUAUGAAAAAGUACAAGGGCUAACGUUAGGUGGAUAUUUAAGUUUACUCACCGUACACAGUUCAAUUUCUUUACCGUUUCAAAGUUAGCAGAGGACAGAAGUAAUUUAUUGUUUCACUUAUCUGAUCCUGACUGGUUAGCGGAAGACAGGUGUUGUGCUGUAGAAUGCACCCCUGCCGUAGAAUGCCUCCCCUCCACUGAUUAGCUUCUUAGUGGAAGAAAUAUGAUCUCAUAUUUAAUAAAACACGGGUAUUAGAUCAUGUAAACGUGUCAAAUGGAGCAGUAAACUUUCGUUUUGUUUGUAUGUGUCUCAAAAAUGCACAUAUAAAAGUGUACUUGGGUAUAUAAACUGUAGAGUAAGCUGUUACUGUAGAGAACAUAAUAUUUUCAGGACAGUAAAUAUUCCGAAUCAGAGGGCUAUUGUUUUCGGCAUAUCUGAAUAGCCUGAAUGAAAUCAUUAAAGGCACACGCUUUAGAUUCCGUCCAACGGUAAGAAAAACUUGGAUUGUUUCGCCUUGUUGUGUACUUUCAACCGCGCUCCCGUCAGGGGUGCAUUCUACGACACAACACCGGCGAAGCUCGUCAAAGACGAGCACUCGGGUAUUUCUCCUCCAUGAAUCCUGAGGUGUUUAAUCAUGUUGGUCGUUUACCCUCCUUUGCAUGAUAUAACUGUAUUGCUAAUGUUGCAUUGAGAUAAGAGUUCAUUCUUCCUGCUAAAGUUAGCCAAACUUUUGACCAACGAAGAAGAAGCUGCCGAACACCAACGAGGACGGAGCGUACGAGACGAAGCCACACAGAGAGAGGAGAGAGACAGAGAGAGAUUGUAACCCACAGCGGCUGCAUUGCUGUGGGUUGCAAUGUACUUUCUGUCUCUCUCCUCUCUCUGUGUGGCUUCGUCUCAUACGCUCCGUCCUCAUUGGUGUUAAGAGGCUUCUUCUUCGUUGAUUUUCAGCGGCUAUUUCUUCCGGUCGGCGGACUCUGGCAUCGAAACUUGGAAUCGAAAUUUUAAUAUUUGAACGAUACCGGAAGAAUCGAAGUUUUUGUCCCGAUUCCCAUCGAUUCUCGAUUCUCGAUUCCCAACCCUACUCAUAAGACAGGACUACAGGGUGACAGGAACAAUAGGGAUAAUCACAAAGAAAAUACACUACAGGGAAACACAAACCAGAACAUAUCAUGUCAGUAUGGUGUAAAUAUAUAUAAAAAAAAGCUGUCCCUCAUCCACACUUGGUAGUAUUGUGUCUCCUUCGAGCCUGGGUCUUCUACCAGAGGUCUGGGAGCCCAAGGGUUCUGCGCAGGAUCUUAGCUAUCCCUAGGAGUGUGCCUAUCAGGAUAGACAACUCAGAUGUUAUUCCCGGUAUCUGCCGGAAAUGUCUCAUCUAUUGUCUCUGAGGUUGUGGUAGCCACCGGUGCAACAAUAUAAAAAAACAACCAAAACAAGAGAAAGGUGUGUGAACUGCAUUCAAGAAACAAAGCUAAAAACUGCAGUUCCUCAAGUGCCCACCAGAGGCCGGCUACAAGCUCAUACACUGUUUAUACUAUAGACAAUUCGGUUCCGCCUUCCGUCAGUACACGGAUUUGAAGCCAAAAAGCUCUCAGUGAUUCUGCGUUUUUCUCCACUUCCUGAAACCAACAUUGCGCAUUAGCAUUGUACGCAUUUUGCGGGAGAGUCACCGAGAGUUGCUCUGAUGACGCUCAGCUCAAACAGCGUUUCCCCCGGCUGCAAUUUUUUUUUUCCUUGUGGGAUGGUAGGGGAAUGUCCCACCCUCCUUCGCCUCUGAUUGGCUACAAGUGCUGGGCUCCGAUUGGUUAUUCCUUAUGGCUGUGAAACGUCAUCGUCUGUAGGGUUAGGGUAAGGAGAUUCGGAAGUGCGAUAAUGUUCUGUAAUGUUCUUAGGUUGAGUGCUAGAUGACCUUUCCAGCUUUUCUAGCCAAUCAGAGGCGAAGGAGGCGGGCCUUUCCCCUACUGUUCUACAAAAAAAAAAAAAUGCCCCGUGAUGAGCUAUGCAAUCUUCGUACGCCCAUAGGCUGCAUCAAGUGUCAAUCAUAGACAACAUGAACCCCCUAAUAAUUUUUAAAAAUGGAGCUGUACAGAAAAAAGAGGACUUGAACACAAACCAGUCUGACAGUAACUACAUGUCAUGACCAGGGGGAAGAAAAUUGUAUGUUCUGUGUAAUAAUAAUCCACCCUGUUUUCUCAGGCGUAUCACGACAGCAAUGGUCACAUUCAUGAUAAUCAAUAAUCAAAUAUUGAGUUGAUAACAACCGUAAUAACUUUAUUUUGAUGUCUGCCCUGCAGUCCAUUUGUAGUUCUCUGUGACCACCUUAGCUUCCAGACUGUUCUUACAAGUCUCUAUUUGUACAAUGAAACAGAAAAUCAGAAGUCCUGAAGAAUCUGGUCUGCGCCAGCUGUGGUGGUCUAAAGGGGGUUUCAGAUCAACAUAAGGUCAGUCUGAGGAGAUUUGAACGUGUUACUGAAGGAGCUGAUGAAAGAAGAAGUGAGACCCUCCUCAACAGGAUCUUCACUGAGCUUUACAUCACAGAGGGACUGAGUGAAGAGGUGAACACACAACAUGAAGUGAGACAGCUGGAGACCUCCUCAAAGACAGAGAUCAUCCAUGAGACUUCAAUCAAGUGCCAUGAGAUCUUUAGAGUCUUACCAGGUCAACACAAAGUCAUCAGAGUGGUUCUGACCAACGGCGUGGCUGGUGUUGGAAAAACCUUCUCAGUGCAGAAGUUCACUCUGGACUGGGCAGAGGGUUUGGAGAACCAAGACCUCCAUCUGGUGGUCCUGCUUUCAUUCAGGGAGCUGAACCUGAUCAGAGGUGAGCGCUUCAGUCUUCUGAGUCUGCUCCAUGUUUUCCAUCCAACACUAGAGAAGGUCACAGCAGAGACGCUGGCUGUCUGUAAACUUCUGUUCAUCUUUGACGGUCUGGAUGAAAGCAGACUGUCUCUGGAUUUCACAGACUCUGAGGUGGUGUCUGACGUCACACAGAAGUCUUCACUCAACGUUCUGUUAACAAACCUCAUCAAGGGGAACCUGCUCCCCUCAGCUCUCAUCUGGAUAACUUCUCGACCUGCAGCAGCCAAUCAGAUCCCUCCUUCACGUGUGGACAGGGUAACAGAAGUACGAGGCUUCACUGACGCCCAGAAGGACGAGUACUUCAGGAAGAGGUUCACAGAUGAAGAUCUGUCCAGAAGAAUCAUCUCACACAUCAAGUCCUCCAGGAGCCUCCACAUCAUGUGUCAGAUCCCGGUCUUCUGCUGGAUCACUGCGACAGUUCUGGAGAACAUGAUGAUCAGGGAGCAGAGAGGAGAGCUGCCCAAGACCCUGACUGACAUGUACUCACACUUCCUGCUGGUCCAGACUCAGAGGAAGAAGCAGAAGUAUGAAAGAGGACAUGAGACAAGUCCUCAGGAGCUGACUGAGGCUGACAGUGACGUCCUCCUGAAGCUGGGGAGGCUGGCCUUUGAACAUCUGCAGAAAGGAGACAUCAUGUUCUACCAAGAAGACCUGGAGCGGUAUGGUCUGGAUGUCUCAGAGGCCUCGGUGUACUCAGGAGUUUGUACAGAGAUCUUCAGAAGAGAGAGUGUGAUCUUCCAGAAAACCGUCUACUGCUUUGUUCAUCUGAGCGUUCAGGAGUUCCUGGCAGCAGUCUCCAUGUUCCACUUUUACACCAGCAACAACACAGAAGUAUUGGAGGCUUUCCUAAAAGACUACGCAGACGGGUCCUCAGACCGAACCUCUUUUGUUGAGAACAGUUCUGUUUUUCCUGCAGAGGACGAUAGUGGAGGUCCACCCCUGGAUGCCUUCCUGCGCAAAGCCAUGGGGCUAUCUCUCCAAAGUAAGAACGGUCACAUGGAUCUGGUAGUGCGCUUUCUUCACGGCCUCUCUCUGAAGUCCAACCAGAUACUUUUGGGAAGACUGCUGGGCCCAACAGACAACAGUCCAGAAAUGAUCCAGAGGGUCAUCUACAGCCUGAAAAGUAUGAACAGCAAUGAGAUCUCCCCUGACAGAAGCAUCAACAUCUUCCACUGUCUGACGGAGAUAAAUGACAACACAGUAGGUCAAGAGAUUCAGCAGUUCCUGAAAUCAGAGAACAGAUCGAUAGAGAGACUCUCUGAGAUCCACUGCUCCGCUCUGGCCUACAUGCUGCAGAUGUCGGAGGAGGUUCAUGAUGAGCUUGAUCUCAAGAAGUUCAACACAACACUGCAGGGACGGCUGAGACUUGUUUUAGCAGUGAGGAACUGCAGAGCUGCUCGGUGAGUCCCGAUGUUUAUCUUGAUCUUGUUGCAUCUUAUCUUGGUCCCAUUUAUAGACUAGAUUCCCGAGUCUGUCUGUUGAUGUUAAUAAUAAUAAUGCAUCAGAUUCAUAUAGCGCUUUAUCAGAGACCCUCAAAGCGCUUUACAUUAGAUACAUCAUUCAUUCGCUCACACAGUCACACUUUGGUGGUGGUGGAAACGUGGCUGCCAUUCUGCGCCUACGGCCUCUCCGACCACCACCACACAACACUCACAAUCAUACACCAGUGGAGGACACACACUGGGAGCAAGGUGGGUUAAGUGUCUUGCCCAAGGACACAACGGACAGACUUGGAUUAGGGGGGAAUCGAACCACCAACCUUCCGGUCAUUGGACGACCGCUCUACCUCCUGAGCUACUGCCUGUUGUUGGGCAAGACACUUUACCCACCUUGCUGCCAGUGUGUGUCCUCCACUGGUGUAUGAUUGUGAGUGUUGUUAGGUCGGAGAGACCGUAGGCUCAAACUGGCAGACACGUUUCUGUCAGUCUGCUCCAGGUCAGCUGUAACCACUAAGGUAGUUUACCGCAACCAAGGUGUAACUGUGUGAGCAAAUGAAUGAUGUAUCCAAUAUAAAGCACUUUGAGGGUCUCUGAUAAAGUCCUAUAUGAAAUCUGAAGCAUUAUUAUCAUUAUUAUUAUUAUUAUUAUUAUUAUCAUUAUGACAGACUAUCUGCCUGCGGACUCUCAGAAACUCACUACACAGUUGUGGCCUCAGCUCUGAAAUCUAAACCCUCCCAUUUGAGGGAGCUGGACCUAAGCCACAACCUGCUGCAGGGUUCUGGAGUGAAGGUGUUACUGGCUGGUCUGGAGAGUCCAAACUGUAGACUGGAGACUCUGAGGUAAGUUUCCUGAUCCAGGGUUCAAAGUUUUGGUUUAUAAUUUUCAGAUUUUCCUGAUCACGUAUCCAAAGUCAUUUCAACUAAUUUAGAAAAUAUCAGAAAAUAUUCCACAACAGGCCAAGUUUGAACUUUGAACUGCAGGAUUAAUUUUAUUCCAGAUUGAAGGGCUGCCGCCUGUCAGAGAUGAGUGUUGCCUCCCUGAUCUCUGCUCUAAAGUCCAACCCCUCAUAUCUGAGAGCGCUGAAGCUGAGUUUGAACAAAGUGCUGGAUUCAGGAGUGAAGCACAUAUGUGGAUUUCUGGAGAGUCCCCUUAGUAGGCUGAAGACGUUAAGGUUGGCUGGCUAUUUUGACUUCUUGCUGAAACUGCAUUUAUUUGGUGCUAUUUGUUUCUGUGCCGGUAUUCAUGGUAACAGAUAGCAGAUAUCGCUGCAACAAAGGAAACCCACACAUCAGCUGUAUUGUGUGCAUCACACCAGGACAACUGGCCUUCAGCAGCUUUUCAAAGUCUGUUUCCCAGUUUCUAGAACCGAUGAAAUAUUUUGUUGUCCUAAAAAGACACAUGGAGUUGGUGCUGAUUGUUUGUGACAGAUUUCACAGCAUACAUUUUUAAACAGGUUAGAGGGCUGCGGUUUGUCCGAGAUCAGCUGUUCUUCUCUGACCUCUGCUCUGAAGUCCAACCCCUCACACCUGAGAGAGCUGGACCUGAGUUUUAACGAUCUGCAGGACUCAGGAGUGGAGCAGCUGUGUGGAUUUCUGGAGAGUCCAGACUGCAGACUGGAGACUCUGAGGUCAGAAACCACUUAAAUUUCAUGUCCUUGAAGCGUCAUCACACACUCAAGCUGUCGGCUCAAUACAUCGAACAGAACAUUAUCACACUUCUGAAUCGCCUAACCCUAACCUGAGAGACGAUGACGUUUCACAGCCGUUAGGAAUAACCAAUCGGAGCCCAGCACUUCUAGCCAACCAGAGGCAAAGGAGGGCAGGACCUUCCCCUAAGAACCUACAAAAAAAAAAAUUCGCAUCCUGGAAAUACCGAGAGCAAUUUGGCUUCAAAUUUGUAUAAUGAUGGGAGAUGGAGCCAAGUUGUCCAUAGUAUCUACAGUCUGGUCCCAAACAACAUACACAAACAUGAUUCAUACCCUCAGGCAUGUUUCCUCCUCGCCCCCAGAUUCGUGUCUGUCUAAUGUUGUAGCAGUAGGAGUUUUAGUAGUAUUGCACCCUUGUCUGUUUUCUCCAUUUCCUCCAUCUCUGUAAGUUUCUCCCACCUCUCCUCUCAGUCCCUUAAUCCAUUCAUGAUCAGUCGUUUCGAACCAUGAUCCUACAUUAUGUAAUGCACUAUCAAACAUUAUCCUGUCAUAUUCAGGUGGUCAGAGUUUACUAAGAAAAUGAUCAUUUCUGUGUGUAGACUGAAGAACUGCAGUUUGUCUGAGAUCAGCUGUGUCACUCUGGGCUCAGCUCUGAAGUCCAACCCCUCAUAUCUGAGAGAGCUGGACCUGAGCUUCAACCUGCUGAAGGACUCAGGAGUGGAGCAGCUGUGUGGGUUCCUGGAGAGUCCAGACUGCAGACUGGAGACUCUGAGGUCAGAAACCUUAUUUUUACUUGAAUAUCUUCUGUUAAAGACUUCUGCUAAAGUUGAUUUAGUUCUUCACUGGUGUAGCCCAUUGACUGUGUUUGAGUAAUUUUAGGUUUAAAACUUUACAAAAGACACAUUUUUACUGUUUACAUCCACCUGAACUCCGAGUACCUCAUUAAGAUGAAGUAAAUAAGGCAGUUUGUAUCGUCAGCUGGUUUCACAUUUAUUCAUAAUUUUUGUUCUUUGACAUUUCUCUUUAAGUUAAUUGUGUCACUGUGAUCAAACCAUCCUUUUCUCUGUAUUUCGCUAUGUUAUGACUUUAAAUCAAGUAUUCUUUGAACAGGUUUAGGGCCUGCGGUUUGUCCGAGAUCAGCUGUUCUUCUCUGACCUCUGCUCUGAAGUCCAACCCCUCGCACCUGAGAGAGCUGAACCUGAGUUUUAACAAUCUGCAGGACUCAGGAGUGGAGCAGCUGUGUGAGUUUCUGGAGAGUCCAGACUGCAGACUGGAGACCCUGAGGUCAGAGUUUUUAUCCUCCGCACUAUUAUCACUAAAACAACUGUGUCGACACCCAUCUGACACUGGUUUACAUCAAACAUCCUGAUGCUAACACAGAGUUUUCCGCACACAAACAACACCUGGACAGACCCCCGAAGCGUAUUUGCAGCCCCCUUGUUCAGUUCCUUGACUUUUGCAGAUCUGUUUCUGUUUUUUUGUGCUUUCAUGCAACAUUCGAUAAUUGACAACUUUGCACGUGGAAAGACAAAAACAUCAGGACAUUAAAAAACAUAUAUAUACCUAUUGCAUUUCUGCAUGAAUUUCAACUUUUUAAAAUGCUAUUUAUAACACCAUCUUUAUUCUGUAGUUUCAUGUGGAUGGUUAAUAAAUCAGAAAUAGAGGAGUUCACUGCCUGACUCUCUUUGUGUAUGCAGACUUCUGAAAGAUUAACCCAGCAACUAACCUCCAUCGUUUUGAUGAUUCAUUUUCCUUUAUUUGUGGCUUUAUUUUGUAAUGUUAAGAUCAGUAUUAAAGAGUUUUAUUAAAAAUCGUAAAUAACCUUAUAUCCUGAAGUUGAAUAUCUUUUUUAGAUUGUUAGGCCGCAGUUUGACAGAGAUCAGCUGUACCUCUCUGGCCUCAGCUCUGAAGUUGAACCCCCCAUAUCUGAGAGAGCUGGACCUGAGUAACAACAGGCUGGAGGACUCAGGAGUGGAGCAGCUGUGUGGGUUUCUGGAGAGUCCAGACUGCAGACUGGAGACUCUGAGGUCAGGGACUAACUUAAACUAUAGUGCUCAGAUAAGAAAGACACAAAACAAAGUUACACAGAUACACAGCUAGUGGAUAUAUGACCCUAUAUUUAAUGUUUUACUCUGAGUCUUUGAACCGCCUGGGUUUAUCUUUGAUUUUUGGAUUUGAAAUUGAUUAAGUCUAAUACACAUAGAUGAAUGAAAUCCAAGUUCAUACGCAUCUAUCAAAAGUAUUUAGUAUUUUCCCCUCAUUUACACAGAGUUCACCUUUUAAACAGCAUCAGUAUUGUCAUGUAUUAUUAAGUUAAAUCAUUUGUUCCUUUCUCAGGUUGACACUCUGCAGUUUGUCCGAGAUCAGCUGUUCUUCUCUGGUCUCUGCUCUGAAGUCCAACCCCUCACACCUGAGAGAGCUGGACCUGAGUAACAACAAGCUGGAGGACUCUGGAGUGGAGCAGCUGUGUGACCUUGUGAAGAGUCCAGACUGCAGACUGGAGACCCUGAGGUCAGAAACCUUAUAA